GCAUGACGGGGCUCAAACCCUAGCCUCCCACAUGUGAAUUCAGGGCUGUGAAUAAUUUCUGAAAUUCCUUGUGGACUAACCUUACUAACCCAUGCUAAUGUACACAAUAUUUGGGGAAAAAAGAAAAAAAGAAAAGAGUUUGGUUCCUACUUUCUCGUCGGUCGGUUAGAUAGGCUCGGAAGAUUUUUCAGUGCCGAGUGGGUACCACGAGAUACCUGCUCGGUGCAUCCGAGCCGUCCAUUGCGUUUUUGGACGGCUUGGAUUUGAAGCGAGAAAAAUGAGAGAGAAAGUAUUGAGGUGAGAGGAGAAAUAGAGUUUCAAUCCGAACUAUCCAAAAGAGUAUUAGAUGGCCCGAAUAUACCGAAUGUAUACCACAUGGUAUAUACGUAUAUGGUAUACCCACUUUCUCGAUAGAUAGGCCCAUAUAAAUAUUCUCACUGGCUCCAAGAAAUGAAUAUGUCAAUCAAUAGCCUAGGGUUUUUUCUCUCGGGACUGUGUAGCUACGUACUAGAGUUCCUGAAAACCAUAAGAAUCCCAAUGGUGAAGACAGGUAGUGUAGAAGAAGGAUGCAUAUCCAUUGGACCAUGGGGUCGUCUACGGGGUGAACCAUGGGCUUACAAAGCCAACGGACGUAUAACGCGGAUAACUGUUCGCCACGGAAUUGUCAUCGAUUCCCUAUUAUUCCAAGCCGAAAGCUCCGAUGGUCUCGCACUUGAAUCUUCUGGUAUAUUUGGCGGUCCCGGUGGACAUCUGAGCGACGAGGUUUGCAUUGAUGACCCUGAUGAGCAUCUCACAGCCAUAAAAAUGACAUUCGGAGAGUUCGAAGGACAACCAGUCAUCCAGUCACUCAGUUUUCGUACAAAUUUGAACAAAUACGGGCCAUACGGUUCGAAAUACGGAACUUCUAUCUCCAUUCCAAUCAAAGGUGGAGUCAUCUGCGGAUUCCAUGGACGUGCUGAGAAUUACCUUAAUGCAAUUGGUAUCUAUGUGACACCAAAAAUCAUGAGUUUUCAAUGCGACAUAGAUACCAAUUUUUGUAAAGGUCAAGAAUAUGCGCCAAGCCAUCUGAAGACUCCAAGUUCCAUGAAUCUGUUUGUGCAACGAGAUCCGGGACCAUGGGGAGCCCAACGCGGAAGGCAUUGGGAUGACGGUGUUUUCCUAGGGAUAAAGCAAGUCCUUCUUCGAACAGGAUGUAUAGUAAGAUCAGAAAAUACAAACAUGCUGAUUUAUGCAAUACAGUUCGAAUACGAGCAAAGAGAUCGGGAGUCCUUUACGUCACCAUGGCAUGGCAGCCCUAACUGGGGUGAUGAAUCGCAUAAAAUUGAAUUGAAUUCUGCCAUGGGCGAGGUAAUUGUGGCAAUUGAAGGGUUUUAUGGGCCAAUAGAAGGCACAGAGGGGUUUGAGGUCAUGACAUCAAUAACCAUAUACACAAGCAGAAGAAAGUAUGGUCCGUAUGGUGGAAAUGAGACAGGUACACAUUUCUCUUCGGCGCCAUCCGGUGGGAAGGCCGUUGGCUUCUUUGGAAGAAGUGGCAUCUAUUUAAAUGCAAUAGGAGUUCACAUGGACUACUCUUGCGGCGGAUGCAACAAGAGACAUGGCCCCUUCUUUUCCAUGUAUUUUGAAAACUCUGAUUAUUACAGCACCCUUAGGUCACUAAAUAUAAAAACACUUGUGGAUAGCUCAAAUACCACAAAUGGACCAAACUGGUCCGAACAAAUUGGAUUGAAUCAAAUCCCGUAUUCUUGGUGCCACGUAGAGAAACAAGCGACUGUGCAGGUGAAGAUGAGCAGUGAAGAUGACGGAUGCAUAACUAUUGGGCCAUGGGGUGGGCAAGAGGGUGAACCAUGGUCCUACAAGGCCGACGGCCGCAUAACCCAAAUAAUUGUUCGCCACGGCUGGGCUGUUGAUUCCAUCUUGUUCCAAAGUCAAAGCUGCGGUUGCUUGACCCCGGAAUGCUCCGACAAGUUUGGCGGCGCCGCUGGUCGAACUGACAAGAUUUGUAUCGACAGCGCAGUAGAGCAACUGAAUACUAUCAGUAUGACAUGGGGUGAGUUCGAAGGAGAACAUGCCAUCAGAUCACUCUGUUUUCUUACCAACCUCACCGAAUAUGGACCUUUUGGAUUGAAAGAUCAGGGAACUUCUGUAUCCAUUCCAAUGGAAGGCAGAGUCAUUGUUGGAUUCCAUGGACGUGCUGGGAGACUUCUUAAUGCAAUUGGGGUCUAUGUUAAACCCAAAAACAGGGGCUUUUGUCCAAUUCAAGACCCAGAAAAUUUGUCAACCAAUAUCAAGAAUAUGAUGAGCUCCAUGGAACUGUUUGUGCCACUGCCACGAGAUCCAGGGCCUUGGGGGGCCUCAGGUGGAAAGCAUUGGGAUGAUGGUGUUUUUUCGGCAAUAAAGAAAGUCCAUCUGAAUAUUGUUAUGCCGCUGCAAGGAUGUUCUGCUAUAAAAGCAGUGCGGUUCCAAUACGAGAAAGCAGAUGGGAAAUGCUUCCGGUCACCGUGUCAUGGCGGCAAUGGCAUUCCAACAGUAACAAUCGAAUUGGACUCCCCGAACGAGGAGAUUCUUGGCAUUGAAGGGUUUUACGGGCCACUAAUGGAGUGGAAAAAUGGCUUUGAGGCCUUGACAUCCAUCACCGUAUACACAAACAAGCAAAAGUAUGGUCCCUAUGGAAAUGAGAUUGGCAGGCACUUUUCUUCAAUGUGUUCCGGCGGCAAGGUGGUCGGCUUCUUUGGGAGGAGCGGCACCCAUUUAAAUGCUAUCGGAGUUCACAUGGAUUAUUUUUGAAGCUUUAUUUUCUUUUGAUUGUGUGUUUCUAGUCUCCUCACUAGGUGCAAGUAUGAUGUGAAUUAUCU